AUGACGUGCCGGUCGUGGGGCCAGUAUAACUACGAGACGUUUGAUGGGCUGUACUAUCACUUCCCUGGGAGAUGUACCUACACUCUGCUGAGAGACUGCGAGGACACCAGCCAGGCCAGCCUUCUCAUACAGGUUCACAAUGACCCAGACUGCCGCUCGUCUCCCUACUCCUGCACGCGCUCAGUCAGUCUCUUCCUGCCCUGGGAAGGAGAGAUCAGGUUGCACAGGUCCAAAGUUACCUUCAAGGGACAGAGUGUCCAGCUGCCUCACCACAUCCAUGACGUGGAGCUGGAGCGGAUCUCCCGCUAUGUCUUGGUGACCAAGCAACAUGGCUUCACCCUAGCCUGGGACGGACACAGUGGCUCUGUCUACAUCAAGCUCAGCCCAGAGUGGGUGGGCAGGAUCUGCGGUCUGUGUGGCAACUUCAACGCAGACGUACAGGAUGAUCUGAAGACCAGCUACGGUGUGGUGACUGGGGAGCUGUCCAUGUUUGGGAGCAGCUGGGCGGAGGAGGAGCCUCACCAGGUCAGGUGUCCCAUGGUGCCCUCCAUGUUCCCCUCGCCCUGCGCCUCACAGGACCCACACAUACUACUGGUAUUCACGGAGUAUGCCCGGGCCUGUGCCCACGCCGACCACCCACUGAACGACUGGAGGACUCACAUACCACAGUGUGCGAUGCAGUGUCCUCCAGGUCUGCAGUAUAAGGAGUGCAUCACCUGCUGCCCUGUGUCCUGUAACGUGGACAGAAUGUGUAUCGACAGCAAGAUGCAGUGUCUAGACGGAUGCUACUGCCCUGAUGACCUGAUCUAUGAGGAGGGGAGUUGUGUGAAGGCCUCAGACUGUCCCUGUGAAUACCACGGCAUGGUCUACCCCUCCGGACAGACCGUUCAGGAGGAGUGUAACAACUGCACGUGUGUGGAGGGAGUGUGGAACUGCACAGAAUACAGCUGUCCAGGAGAGUGCUCUGUGACUGGAGACAUGUUCUUCCACUCGUUUGAUGGCAGGAUGUUCACCUUCCCAGCUUCCUGUCAGUAUGUCCUGGCUAAGAGUCGUAACUCAGGGAAGUUCACUGUCACCAUUCAGAACGCCCCAUGUGGACCCAAUUUGGACGGGGCUUGUAUCCAAUCAGUUAGCCUGGUCAUAGACGAGGACCCGCGGACAGAGAUCACAAUGACCCACCUAGGAGAGGUCUUCAUUGCAGGACAGUACCGCAUCUCUCUGCCCUAUUCAGAUGAGGUGUUCCAGAUCCAGGAGCUGUCGUCCAUGUUCCUGCAGGUGCGUACGGCCCCGGGUCUGCAUCUGCAGUACAGCUGGAGGGAGUUCCGCCUCUACCUGCAGGUGGAUGAGCUGUGGAAGGGCAACACGGUGGGGCUCUGUGGAACCUUCAACGGAAACAUCCAGGACGACUUCCUGUCUCCGUCUGGUAUGAUAGAGAGCACACCUCACCUGUUUGGCAACACCUGGAGGGUAUCCUCUGCCUGUGUCCCCAGCCACAGUGUUCCCCAGCUUGACCCAUGUGACACGCACCAGCAAGCGGCAUCCUACGCCUCUGAGAUGUGUGACAUCCUGAACCAGGAGUUGUUCUCAGCAUGUCAUGAGUACCUGAGCCCGGUGCCGUUUCACCAACAGUGUAAGGCAGACACCUGUAAGUGUGGCCAACCCUGCCUCUGCUCUUCCCUGGCCCACUAUGCUAGACAAUGCAGGAAAUACUCCAUCAUCAUGGAGUUCAGAGCCAGCGUACCUGACUGUGCGGUGGCUUGCCCUGAUACCAUGGAGUACGGAACGUGUGUGUCGUCGUGCCAACGGCGUUGCUCCGCCCUGUCCAUGCAGCAGCGCUGUGGAGAGGAGUGUGAGGAAGGGUGUGUGUGUCCCGACGGUACCUUCUACAGCACCCACACACACACCUGUGUGCCCAGGUUUUGCCAAGAUGGCAAGCUAGUUUCCCAAAGUCCUGCCAGUGACAAACAGUGUCCGCUGGGUCAGAUGUACCUGGCCUGUACUGAGGGUCUGGGGACUGUAGAUGGGCUCAGCCUGGGUAGGGGACUGGGCUGUGAACAGACCUGUGAAUCCCACCUCCUCAACCUCACAUGUUCAGCUCAUGAACCGUGCGUACCUGGCUGUGUCUGCCCCCCUGGAUUGCUGAAACAUGGUGAUGAGUGUUUUGAGGCUGAUGCGUGCCCCUGCCUCUGGAAGGGGAAAGAGUACUAUCCUGGAGAUAGAGUCACAUCCCCCUGUCAUCAAUGUGUCUGCCAGCAUGGAACAUUCCAGUGUGUGUUCCGCCCGUGUCCGUCCAUGUGCACAGCCUAUGGUGAUCGCCACUACAGGACCUUUGAUGGUCUACUGUUUGACUACGUUGGAGCGUGUAAAGUCUACCUAGUUAAGAGCAGUGCUGAUCUGAUGAUGAGUGUGACGGCUGAGAACGUCGACUGUUACACGGGCGGCGCCAUCUGCAGGAAAUCUCUACUCAUCAACAUCGGUAGAUCUUUCAGCGUCGACGACGACAGUGGCAAACCAAACCCGUCCAGUGUGAUCGACUGGAGGCAGGAGCUGUUCGUAUGGAGCGCUGGGCUCUUUACCGUGGUCCAUGUUCCAGAGGAGGACCUGACCGUGCUCUGGGAUCGUAAGACCACGGUCCACAUCCAGGCUGGACCACGCUGGCAGGGCAAGCUGAGUGGUCUGUGCGGGAACUUUGACCUGAGGACGGUCAAUGAGAUGAGGACACCAGAAAACAUAGACUCUGCCACACCUCAGGAGUUUGGCAACAGCUGGACGGCAGCAGAGUGUGUUAACAGGCCGGACAUCAGACACCCCUGCAGCCUGAGCCCCCUGAGGGAGCCCUUCUCUAAGAGGCAGUGUGGAGUCCUGCUCAGUGAGGUCUUCCAAGUCUGCCACCCGGUGGUGGAUGUGACAUGGUUCUAUAUGAACUGUCUGUCUGAUACGUGUGGCUGUAGUCGUGGUGGGGACUGUGAGUGUUUCUGUACCAGCGUAGCAGCCUACGCCCACCGAUGCUGUCACCAGGGUGUCACCGUGGACUGGAGAUCCCCGUCGAUCUGCCCCUACGAUUGUGAAUACUACAACAAAGUUCUGGGUAAAGGCCCCUACAGGCUGGUGACCUACAGGGAGAGCGACACGGUGCUGGCAGCCAACAGGUCCGGUGGGACAGUGUUCCCUACGUUAGGAAACCCUACUGCGGCUGGUCUCCUGUCCCUCUUCAUGAUGACCCCUGGGCUCAGCAGAGCACGUCCACACGACACGUCCCUGGUGUCGUUCGAGGCGUCCGACCGACCUAACUACUUCCUGGCAGUGGACAGCAGCGGCCAUGUUACGCUGACCAAGUGGAAGGAGAGUGAAGCAUUCUGGGACGCGGCUACCUUCACGCUUCACCGUGACACCUGGAUCCAGGGUUAUGAUUCUCUGGAGGCUUUCGCCAGGCCGGGAUUCUUCCUCCACUUCAUGCUGUCCUGGGUUCACCUCAUGAAGUACAAACACACCGACGGAUUCCGCAAAGCCACGCUCUUCAAACUGACAGGCCCUGGUCCAGACACCCCUACGGGUCCUAAGUGCCAGUGGAGGUAUGAGUCGUGUGUCAGCCCCUGCUUCAGGACCUGCAGUGACCCCUCUGGAGGGGCAUGUGUCACCAUUCCAAAAGUGGAGGGAUGUCUGCCUCUGUGUCCUGGUCACAUGGUGCUGGAUGAGGUCACUCAGAGAUGUGUCCAUGUUGAAGACUGCAUUAAGCCACCAGUUGCUGUGCAGCCCAUCACUACGGUCAGUAGCGUUGAGUCAACACCUGCAGCUGUCACUCCUUCAGCCACCACUACAACCACCACCACCAGCAGCCCGGCUAGCCCUGGCCUCGCCACGGCACGCUCCACCCCCUCCCCCAGCACCCCGGGUCCCCCUGGCCCCCUCACCACCACCUCCAUUCAGCCUCCCUACACCACCACCCCUUCAGGCACAGGCCCCACCACUGCAGCCACCACCACCACUCGUACUGUUUCAACUUCUGCUUUGGAUGCUCUGACCACCUCUGCUAAGGUACCGACCACAGUGACUGAUAAGGUGGUUCCACCCAGCACCUCUUCAUCAGCCGUACCGACUCCAGAGGGGACCAGCGCAGCAGCAUCACCCCCAACUCCAUCCCUGGCCACUACAGUCAGACCUGAGGUGGUGGAGGGGGCGGAGGUUGUAUCUACAGUGAAGACUCCAGCCUUACCCUCCACUACAGCAGGCAGUACAGAGAGGACGAGCGGGGCCCCCAGCUCCACUCUCAGCCCCGUAGGCCCCAGCACAGAGAGGACAAGCCAGGUCCCCUUCUCUAUCACAGCUUUGUUCUGGCUCACGUCCUCCACUACCAGGCCCUCUCUACGCCCAGGGCCUACAGACACCACAUUCACCAGCCCCCUCCAUCCACUAGACAAGCACAAAACCUGUAACUGUGGAGACAACGGAGACAACAACAACCGAAGCCCUCCCUCCUGGUGUAUCGACUACAGCCGUUACCAUAGUACCCUCUCUCUCACCGACCUCCACCGUUCACACCGUAACAACACCACCACCACCAGAACCCACUUCAAAACACACCACAUUAUCAACCUCACCAGUCACCCCUUUCACUACCCUCGGAACUACACCGUCCAUACGCCCAGAGACAACACCACCACUCGUCUCACGGUAACCACAGAGAAGACCGUUCACACCUCCCCUAAAGAGCUGAGGACAUCCACAACUCAUGUUCCCGAGCUACCGACUACCACCACUGUUCCCAUGCUGCUAACGAUAACGACAAUAUCAACGGCCCCACCUCAGAACAGCCGGCAGCAACCAAGAAAACAACAGAGCACCGGUCUCCCACGAGGCUGUGGUAACGACCACAGAGUCCACCCAGACCACCUUCACCUCUCCUUCCGUCUCGACCACAACAGGAGCAGUGGUCCCAACCACAACCUCAACCACAUCACCUGUAUCACCGGUUUCAGCAACAGAGACCACCACGACCGUGCCAGGAACACCAGUGGCUGUAGGGACCGCACCGACCCAGCCCCACACCACACUGAAGACCACGGAGCCUUGGAGGCCCCCCACAGCGAAACCUCCCCUCCACCCCCUCCAUCCUCCACUCCUUCCACCCCUAUCUCUAGUACAGAGAGGGUAACCACACCUGAGGUCCCAGUGAAACCUGACGUCAGUACAGAACUAGUGGUCUCUCCACACCAUGUCAUCUCCACUACCACCACUGAUGCACUUCACCCUGUUGCUACAUCUACGGAGCCAGGCAUCACCACAACAACCUCAGUUACCGUGACGACCACUGCCAAAACCACCACAGCUCCGGCCGAGACUUCAACCUCCGCUGUUUCAACCUCCAGGACAGAGAGACCUCCUGCGACACCCGAACCCCCAACCGUACCUGGUGUACCUGGGGAACCAGCGUUACCUCUCACCCCCACGAUCCCCACAACAACUGUCCCACCUUUAACUGGUGUCCAUACGACCACCAUCACACCUUUACCUGGUGUCCCAGUGACCACUGCCAUCAGACCGGUGACCAUCCGACCGCUAACAGAGACCACUAGCGUCCCUCCGGAUACAGGAAGGGUGGAGCCCCCUCAACGACCGAGACCACCCACAGACCAAGACAACAACACACAGGACAACAACAGGCAGGGUUCCCAUGACGACAUCCAGAACCGCCACAACGUCGCUCCUCCUAGCCUGGGCACAGCCACCGUCUCAGCGGUUGUUCCGACCACGACCGCUCGUACCACGACCAAACCGUUCACCACUGCCAGAACCACAGAAUAUGCAGCAGACGUUAGCAGCGGUGCCGGUCCAACCGGCACUGGCACAACCACAACCGCUUCUGUUCCCGUUCCCAGCAUGACCGCGGUCCCCACAGGACCCACAGGAGUGACCGCAGAACCAUCCACAUCCACCACGACUACACCAGAAGGAAUAGUACCAUCCACCACCAGAGAGACAGGGGUAACUCCAGCAGCCACUGGGGGCACAACAACAACAACAACAAGGACUCCUUCGCCUGACCUGCUGACCUCUACAGAGGUCGCAGCCACUCCAGGGGUCACACCGAAGGUCACACCAGAGGUGACAGCAGCUUCCUCAGUCCCCGCCUUGACCCCGACUGCCACCCCGCCCUCCACUACAGAGCCAGAGAGAGUGGACAGCGUAGACACCACUACACCAAAGACUCCAUUGCUAUCACCAGUGUCCCCGUAUACCUCAUCAGAGACAACCACGUCACCAUCGCCUCCCUAUUCGGAGAUCGUAGAUGAGUGUACCAAGUACCUCUGUGUGAGCGGCCAGCUGGUCCUAUUCAACAUGUCCCAGAACUGCCUGUAUAACUCCACCCCUCCUAACUGCGGCCUGCUCGGCUUCGCCGUCCUGGUCAACGGGGACAAGUGCUGCCCGCAGUGGGACUGCCCAUGUCGCUGCUCAGUGUUCCCCGACCUGAACGUGAUCACGUUUGAUGGUAACAGUGUGGCCAUCUACAAGGCCACCUCCUACAUCGUGACCCAGCUGCCCAACGAGACCAUCAGCAUCGUGGUCCAGGAAUGCCCCGCUGACUCAGACACGGUGAGGACCAAGGCUACGUUAG